AUUUGUGAACUUUACGGUUGAUUCUUAUUCCUUUUUGUUCAUCAUGUAGAAACAGUGGGAUGAAAUUUUAGGCAGAUUGAAUUUCUAUUAUUGUGCUAGUUUAUGUUGCUCUCUGAUAUCUUUAAAUCAUAUACACGCUAAUGAGCUUGAAGAUGUCCAUUUCGCAAAAGAUGAAGGGCAAACAAGGGAUAUUUUUUAUUAGAACUUAUAUUAAUAUCAAUAUCCGGCGCUUGUAUUCCAAGUUUUCCCUCACGGGAGAUGAAUUAAGUCGGUUUGCACAACCCCUUAAAAUCGUUGAACGCAUGAUCAACCAGAAUACACAUGACGAGAUUGCUCAGGAUUUUAAGUACUAUGAAGACCCUUCAGAUGAGUUUAGAGACAACCAGGGUACCUUAUUACCCCUGUGGUCAUUUUCUUUUGAAAAAGCAAGAAAACUUGCUGUAACGUCGUUGUGCUGGUCAUCCCAAUACAGUGAUCUUUUUGCAGUUGGUCAUGGGUCAUAUGAUUUUUUGAAACAGUCCAACGGCCUUAUUUGUGCAUAUACACUAAAAAAUCCAAGUUACCCAGAAUAUUACCUUGAGACAGAAUCAGGUGUACUCUCAUUGGACUUACAUCCAUCACUGCCCUAUAUGUUUUGUGUUGGAUUUUAUGAUGGAGCAGUUGGAGUUUAUAGUAUUUUACAACAUAAAAAUGGACCAUUAUAUUUAAGUACAGCAAGAACUGGUAAACAUACAGAUCCUGUAUGGGAAGUUCGCUGGCAACCGAAUGAUUCAGAUGCAAAUUUAAAUUUCUUUUCUGUUAGUGCAGAUGGGCGAGUUACAUCAUGGACACUGAUUAAAAAUGAUAUAGGUAAAUUUGAUGCAGUGAUAUUAAAGAUGAUAGCGAAUUCUAAAGAAAGCAUCGAACAAUCUCGAUUAAUUACUCUAGAUUGCGGUACAGCAUUCGAUUUUCAUCGUACUCAAAAUCAUAUAUUCCUUGUAGCAACAGAAGAGGGAAUGGUGUUUAAAUGUAGCAAGGCAUAUACAUCUCAAUAUCUAGCCACUUAUGAAGCUCAUCAUAUGGCUGUUUAUCGUGUAGCUUGGAAUUUAUUUCAUCCUGAUAUAUUUAUUACAUGUUCAGCCGAUUGGACAGUUAAAAUAUGGGAUCAUACAAAAAGUACUCCAAUGUUUACCUUUGAUUUAGGCUCACCAGUAGGUGAUGUUGCAUGGGCACCUUAUUCAUCUACUGUAUUUGCAGCAGUUACAGCUGAUGGGCGUGUACAUGUUUAUGAUAUUUCAAUUAACAAAUAUGAACCAUUAUGUAAUCAAUUGGUGGUAACAAAAAAGAAUACUAAAUUAACGCAUAUUGCAUUUAAUUCAAAAUAUAAUAUAAUUAUUGUUGGUGAUGAUCAUGGUCAAGUGAAUAGCUUGAAGCUGUCACCAAAUCUACGCAAAUUACCAAAGGAAAAGAAAGGUGCUGAACAAGUUAAAGGACCAGAAGUUGAAAUUAAAAAGUUGGAUAAAAUCUUAUCUUUGGCUGGCUGA